AUGAGAGGGUGCGCAUUGCCGUUAACCAAAUUGGUGCCUCCUUCCCAUUUGGGCAUUGACAUCAAGUUCAAGUCUUUUCCGUUUCCCAUUGCUGCAACUCACUCUCUCAUCCCAACACCAAAACCCUGUCUGUUCCUCUCAACCCAUCACUCAGACUCCAAUGCACACUUCUCGUUUUCUGUUGCUGCUCAACAACAACAACAACAAUUAGAAACUGGUGAAGAAGAGAACAUUCAACUGGUUUCAUCAAUCAAAACAAAUUACAACGACAUACUCAUAGUGGACACCCCAAAAGCUAGAAUGCUACUCCUUGAUUCAUCUUAUAGUGUUCACAGUGUUCUUUACAAUGAGUCAAAAUGGACUGGUUCUUACUGGGAUGAAUUUGCGAGCUUGCCAGCUAUUGUUCCAAAAGGUCCCAUUGCUAUCUUAGGUUUGGGCGGUGGAACUGCAGCUCAUCUGAUGCUUGACUUAUGGCCCUCACUGCAACUUGAUGGCUGGGAGAUUGAUCAAAUUUUGAUUGAUAAAGCGAGAGAUUAUUUUGGCCUGUCUGAUUUGGAGAAGACCACGGAAGAUGGUGGGGUUUUAAAUAUUCAUGUUGGUGAUGUCUUCGUUCCCUCAAAGGAUUUUCACAGAAGAUAUGCUGGCAUUGUAGUUGACUUGUUCGCUGGUGGAAAAGUUUUGCCUCAGCUGCAAGAGGUUAGUACUUGGUUGGAAUUACAAGAGAGAUUGAUGGCCGAUGGUCGCUUCAUGGUGAAUUGUGGGGGUGUUGGUGGGGGGCCAAGUGCCAUGGAUGAAAGUACUGAUCCAGAAAUUUUGCCAAGUGAAUCAUGGUUAUUAAAUCCAGCAUUGAAAGCACUAUCCAAAGCAUUUCCUGGACAGCUAAGUUGGAAGAGAAUGCCAAAGGAAAAUGGUGCAAAUUUUAUGGCACUUACAGGACCUUUGCCUGAUUUGAACUCUUGGUCAGCUAGUGUUCCUUCUCCUCUGAGCCAAAGUGUGAAGAAUUGGAGACUGUUAGAUUCAAGGAUUUGA